UCUCCUGAAUUCUUCUUCUCGUCGUCGAUCAUUUUGCACGGAGCCACAGACCUACUCUUGCUGAGCUCAGACCUGAUUAGCCGCGCAGCGAUGGUGUCCUCGAUGAAUCACUACAGAGAUCACGCCCCCUUGUCCCUCUCCCUCUCCCUCGGCGCCGUGGCCGAGCGCAAGAAGAAGCUCAGGCGCGCCGCGGCGUCGGGCGAGUUCGUGUGCAAGACGUGCACUCGCUCCUUCCCGACGUUCCAAGCGCUCGGCGGCCACCGGACCAGCCACCUCCGCGGCCGCCACGGGCUCGCUCUAGCCCUCGCCGGAGACCACUACUCCCUCAAGCCCAAGAAGACCACUUGUUCAGACGAUCAGAAUCCGGCGGCAGUACACCAAUGCCACGUCUGCGGCCUCACCUUCCAGAUGGGGCAGGCGCUCGGGGGACACAUGCGCAGGCACCGCGAGGAGGCCGGCCCCGUGGCGCAGGCGCCGCCCAUUCUGCUACAGCUCUUCGUCUAGCUAGCUCCUCUGAUUGGUAGUAGUCUCUAGCUCCAUUUAGUUCAGAGUUCCUGCAGGUUAGCCCGUGUGCGCGAUUCGUUUGUACGUUCGCUGCACACCCGUAUGUAGUUCAUAGUUUUAAAAACCGGACCGGUGACCAAACCAGCGAGGCUCUCGGUUCACGGUUCAUUGGUCCAACCGUUGGUCCGCUCGGUUCAAUAGCUGAACCGGAAAUUGAAAAUUUAUUAUUAUUUUUAGUUAUAUAAUAGAGAA